GGGCGGGAGCCGCAGCUGGCAGGAGGUGGGCGGCCAGGCUCGGCGAGGGAGCGGAGCUGCUGUGAGACCCCCCUGGCUGGGGCUCCCGGAAGUGUUUUGCUUUCAGGCUCUGAAGCGAGAGUUUAAAAGCCCAGGGUUUCGGGCAGCUGCUGGUCUGGGGCAGCUGCCAGGCCAGUGGGGAGCAGGCGACUCGCCCGGGUCCGUUUGCCAGCGGGGUGAUUCUGGGCGGAGAGGGGCGCUGCUGGGCGAGAGGUGCCCGUCUGCUCCUGCCGCCCGCCCCUGCCCUCGCCCUCCGGCUGGGGGUGACCCUGGGGCCAGGGGCCGCUGGCUGGCACAGGCAUCCUGCCCAGGCUCACGGACGCUGGGGGGUCAGACGAGCUGCCCUGGUACCUUCUAAGCCCGUGGGUCCACGGUUCUAAGGUGCCCAGCGCCCGCCCACAUGGAGCUGCGUGACUAUCAGUGGGAAGUGAUCCUGCCCGCCUUGGAGGGCGAGAACAUCAUCAUCUGGCUGCCCACGGGUUCAGGGAAGACCCGGGCAGCCGCCUACGUCUGCAAGAGGCACCUGGAGACUCGGGAGCGGGCCAAGGUGGCCGUGCUGGUGAACAGGAUGCACCUGGUGGAGCAGCACUACACGCAGGAAUUCCACGCGCUGCGGGAUCGCUUCCAGGUCACGCCCAUCAGCAGCGACAGCGACCGGAAAUUCUUCUUCUCCCAGGAGGUGAAGCUGAGCGACCUGGUGAUCUGCACGGCCAAGAUCCUGCAGAACGCCCUGACCAGCCAGGACCAGGACAUGCACGUGGAGCUGACAGAUUUCUCCCUGCUGGUGAUUGACGAAUGCCACCACACCCACAAGGACGGCGUCUACAACCAGAUCAUGGAGGAUUACCUGGAGCGCAAGAUGAGAGGCGAGCGGAAGCUGCCGCAGAUCCUGGGCCUCACCGCCUCUCCCGGCACCGGGGGGGCCACCAACUUCCAGGGGGCCAGGCAGCACAUCCUGCAGAUCUGCGCCAACCUGGACACCGCCAAAAUCAUGUCGUCCCAGAAGCACCGUGUCCACCUGGAGGCUCAGGUCCCGCAGCCCAGGAAGCAGUACGAUGUGUCCCACGAGAGGCCGCAGGAUCCCUUGGGCAGGAAGCUGAAGGAGACCAUGGCCCACAUCCACCAGUACCUGGACGUUCGCGGCGUGCCGCAGGACUUCGGCACACAGAUCUACGAGCAGCGCAUUGUCGAGCUGGGGACGGAAGGCGCCGAGUCUUUCUGCCGGAAGAAGCGUACGUGCGCCAUCCACCUGCGGAAGUACAACGACGCGCUGCUGAUCAAUGACACGGUGCGCGCGAUCGACGCCUUCAGCGCCCUGGACGACUUCUACCAGCUGGAAAAGGCCACCAAGCUUCUGCGGGACCCCACGGAGCGCUUCCUCGUCAGCACCUUUGAGGAGAACAAGACAGCCCUGCUGGCUCUGGCCAGCGACCCGCGCUCCGAGAACCCCAAGCUGAGCAAGCUGGAGGAGAUCCUCCAGGAGCAAUUCAAGACCCCGGACAGCUCCCGCGGCAUCAUCUUCACCAAGACGCGCCAGAGCGCCCACGCCCUGCACAAGUGGAUCCAGGAGAACGCGAAGCUGGCAAGGCUGGGCAUUAAGGCAGCUGUCCUAACUGGAGCCGGCUAUAGCAACCAGACCAAGCACAUGACCCAGAACGAGCAGCAAGACGUGAUCAAAUUGUUCCGCAAGGGAAACUUCAACCUGCUCUUCUCCACCAGCGUGGCCGAGGAGGGCCUGGACAUCCCAGAAUGCAACAUUGUGGUUCGCUACGGGCUGAUGACCAACGAGAUUGCCAUGGUGCAGGCCAGGGGCCGCGCCCGCGCCAAGAACAGUCUGUACUCCGUCCUCGCCAAGGCCAACAGCAAGGAGGUGUCGCGGGAGCGGCUGAACGAGACCCUGGAGGAGCUCACGCAAAGAGUCAUCGAAGAGGUGCAGGCCAUGCCGGAGAAGGAGUACCUGGACACGAUCACAGCCCUGCAGCGAAGCGCCAUCGUUCGCCGGAAGGUGAAGCGGGCUGAAGGCAACCAGAAGCGGCAGCUGCACGAGCCGGACGCCGUCCGCCUCCACUGUAUAAACUGCAACGUGGCCGUGUGCCACGGCAGCGACCUGCGCACCGUGGAGAAGAUGCACCACGUCAACGUCAACCCGGACUUCAAGAUUUACUACAACGCCACGUCCGCCAAAGUGGAGAUUCCCCGAAACUUCAAGGACUGGAAGCCGGGGGGCAGCAUCAGCUGUGCCAACUGCGGCCAGGCCUGGGGCAUGGAGAUGAUCUACCGCAGCGUGACGCUGCCCAUCCUCUCCAUCAAAAACUUCGUGGUGGCGACGCCGGACGGGAACAAACAGACCAAGCAGUGGAGCCGGGUGACUUUUGCCAUCGAGGAGUUUGACUACGUGGAGUACUGCAGCAGCAACCUGGGCAUGUAGCACCUGGCGCGCUCAGGAGACUGUCCGAGCCCCAAGCACCCUCUCACGGCAAUAGGGAGCCUUAGCCCAGCCCUUGGCAUGGUAGGCGGGAGCGCCCCUCCCGGAGAUCAGCACUGGGCACAGUGGAAGCAUUUUAACCCUGCUUUGUCCGGGUGUGGCUCUGUCUUUCCUCCAUAAGCUCUGCAGCACCCGGGCACUAGGCAGAAGCAGACCAAUGAAGGAGUAAGAACCCCCUGGAGAUGGGGGCCCCCCUGCGCUCCUGCCCCUCUCCGCUCUGCUGGGCCCCUCUGGGCCCGCACAGAAUCAGGUGCAGGAUUGGGACCUAGGGGGGCUGCCUCCCCCAGAGACCGGACUCUGGGCUGAGAGGUGGUCUAGGGAUGGGACUGAAGUGUCCUGGCCAAACAAGGCAAGGGACCAUAGAACCGUAGGGUUAGAAGGGACCGUAGGGGUCAUGCAGUCUGACCCCCUGCCAAGAUCUGUACUGUUCAGCCCAGGAUUGGCCAAAAAACCCCUCCUGCCCUCCCCAGGCGUGUAACGCACUCCCCCAUCCACCCUCCUCUCCACCCUGCCCUGCCCUCCCCCUCAACACUCACUGCUAAGGGGCAGAGCGUUGUGACCAAAGCACAGCCCUGGGAUGCAAGACUCCUGGGUCCUGUUCCCUGCUCUGCUGCUGACUCACUGGCUGAUCUCACACGUCUCGUCCCUCCUCUGUGCCUCAGUUUCCCUACCUGGCAGACAAUGGAUAAUGCCGCACCCCUUCUAAGGGGAAUCUGAGGGUAAAUGUCUUUGUGGUUCUGUGAAGGAUGGUACACAUCUCUCCCCCAGCCCCUGUCCGGGAGCCCUCCCCGCAUCUCGGUCACAGUUUGCAGUGAUUCUGCGCAAUGCACACAAGCCAUGUUUUUUCCUGCUCGGCUGCCCGAACCCGAGUGCCUGUCAAUUGCAGCAGCGAGUGAUCAGUUUGCAGAACUGCCCCCAGCCCCUCUGCUGUCCGAACCACUCGCCCUUGCAGCCGCUCGUGCUUAGCCAGAGGGGAGAAGCCAGUACGAAAACAGGGAAGUUCUUAUGAAAAUUAUAAGAAUAAAGCCAAUGGGAGGCCUCCUUGAGCCUCUCGGGGCCGCACACAAUUGCUUAGCCUGCAUAUGCCUAGUGCCAGCUCUGGGUGGGUAGGAAGGACAAGCCCCACGGAGUCACUAGACACCACUCAAUGCGGUCGGGAGUGGCCGGUGAGUUGCUUUGCGCGCUGAUCUCCAAGCAGCCUGCUGCCACUUCGGGGGUUUGAGGCUGUGACGCUGGCAGGCCAGGUGCCAGCUCAUGCCGCAGUCCCCAGGCCUCAACUGACCGCUGACAAAUACACAGCGGGCACCAGUCUGGCUCCCCGGGGGUUAGUAGUGAUAAACCAGGCAGUAGAAUUAUCAGCAUGCGCUUAGUGUUUAGACUUCAGCGAAUUGCUGUGAGUUGCUACGUGCGUUAAUCUCAGUCAAACUCUGUAUCCCACCCUGUAAGGUAAUAGCUGAGCAUUUGCACUGUCAGCCUCUGUAACUGUGUAAAGCCCCGGACUGGAGCGAGAGCGAUUAGUGUGAAAUGCUGGCCCCCGACGGCAGGUGUUACCGCCAGCCCACAAGGAAGGCCCAGCCAUACCAGACGGACUAGAGCGGAACAUUAAUGUGGACAAAAGACUUGGUUGUUUACGCUCCCUCAUCCUAUUAAGAUGAGUCUCGCCCAUGAAUUCCUCCCAUGUCCCAUCAGCUGAGUUUCAACUCCGAGCAGAAGAGGAGAAGGGAAUAAAAACCCCUCACAAGGAGGAACCGGAUCUUUAUGUUUCUUUGCAUAGGACAAGACUCGCUAGGCAUAAGCAAAAGAUCCCCAGCUGCUCAGCCCGGGUUAGCCCUGCAGGACACACAGAGCUUGCAUAGCAUAGAAGCGUCUGUGACUUUUUCAAACUGAAGAUUGGAACUCAUUUGCGUGCAUCUGUUUACCUGCUUUAACUGUAUAAAUAACUCGGAUUUCUUUUUCUAUAGAAUAAAUCUUUAGAUAGGUUAGUAUA